AUGAAUUCAUGCUAAUUCAAAAAUAGGAGUCUUCACAUUAAUAAAUUCCAUUCACUAACCCCUUCUCAUAGAAAUGAAUUUUCAAAUAGACAAAACGAUUAGAUUUUUAGUUUCAACAAUGUAGAUUAAAUUACCGAACGUAAAUAUAUGCCCUUUAUAUACACAAAAUAUAAACCAUAUUCCCAUUAAAGAAGAAACCAAUCAAAUGUAGCUAAGUCUGGUGAUUACUUCAAUAGUACAAUUGAACAAUCCUCAUUUAAUUAAUUGAAACUUAAAAGCCCUGGUUCUAUAACUCCAUUAAGGAAAAAAACUAUAAAUUCCUUUUUAUUUUCAGACAUUUAACAAAAGCAUCAAUCAAGCCCAAACAACUGCAAAUCAGAAGUCAGAUAGUUUUCAAUAGAUUUACCUCAGAUGCAACAAUUACCCAAAAAAAAAAGAGAAUAUACGAUUUUAAAAAAAAAGAAAAAAGUUUAUGCCUUAAAAAUAUAAGUUGAUUGA